GCACGUAAAUCAAUCGGUGCCGAACCUUCCCUCCCCAAAACACUUUCUGCCUGCCUUUUACAACCUCCUUCCUUCGCAAGCAGCAAACUUUUGGCCUCUGGGAAGCUGUGGCGCAAUGCAAGCAGCGACCUGUUGGCAGAGCUGAGCUGCGGCAUCGCGGAGAGCAGAACCGGCAAUUACCGAGGGCAAGGCUGGGCUCGGGGCUCCGCUGUCAGCCAGCAGCUAUGCUGCAGAACAGGAUGUCGGAUUAAGGCUCUCCUAUCGGCCGAGCCGUGCCCAGGACAGCAGGGGACAGAAGGGAAGGAGCUGGGUGGCACCGGCAGAGCUGGCCCAGCUCACACCCAGCGCUCCGGGUUUGGGGGUUCAGCCGCGCUGGGACAGCAGGAAAAGCGCCCUGGCAGGGCUGCAGGAUGAGCUGCAGCCGGGCUGGGCGCAGGUGAGGGGCCAGGGAUCGCCUGGCAGGACGGACCUGCCCAGCACUCCGCCUUAUCUGCGGCGGAGCGGGGUUAAUGUGUAACCCGGCCGUGUUUGGUUAGCCCAGAAAAGUAAAGAAGUCCCGGGAUAGGCACGGCCGGGACGAGGAAUUUGCCAGCACGGAACGACGGACAGCCCGCUGGAUGAGUGUGCUGGAGCUGUAAUCACAUCAGAGGGAGGAAAAGGAACUUCUUGUUUCGGUGCAGUUCCUCUGCAGUGCCCGCCAGGACAUUCCCGCCGUGCCAGCCUCCAGGGCAGCCCAGGCUAUGCCUAGGAAGGAGCUGGGGAUGGCAGGCUGCAACUCUGGCAGCUGUGACAGCAUGGUCAGCACGGCCUCCAACCACUCCCAGCGGAGUGACAACAGCUAUGACUAUUUAUCUGUGGAAGAGAAGGAGUGUUUGAUGUUCCUGGAGGAAACCAUUGGCUCCCUGGAUGCAGAGGGGGACAGUGGGGUGUCCACGGAUGACACCGACUACGGGGAGCCCUCCAAGCCCAGGAGAGGCCCUGUGCCCCGGGAUUUGGGGAACAAGACUCCCCCUGCAAGCAGAGCCCAGCAGCGUGGGGCUGAACAGAGGAGUGGCAAAAUCAUCCCUGCCCCAUCCAGCUCAGCCCCAGCAGCUGCUCCAGGCCCAAGGAACAUCCCUGCAGCAAAUGGAGCUUCUGGCAGCAAAGGAGGUGUCCCCACGGUGCCAGCAGGAAAACCAGCCCAGGAGGUGCUCAAGGAGGGCAGGCUGGACCUAGGAAGCCACACCAAGUCCGUCAUUAUCCAACCUCCAGACCCCUUCCAGGAUGAGCUGGAGUGGUCACGCAGCCAGCGCUCAGAUGCCAGGGGGGAGGCGCCCAAGGAGACCAAGACUUGGACUUCGUGGGGCCACCUGGAGAAAUCCACACUGGAGGAGGCCCCUCAGGACCCCGAUGCCAAACGUGGGCCUCCGACCGCCCCCAAACCGCGGAAAUUGCCACCAAACAUCAUCCUGAAAACCAGCAGGAGCAGCACCAUGCCGGAGCAUAACCAGAAGGUAAAAACAGCACCUCCACCCUCAGCCACCGGCCAGGCCAGCCCUGCCAGCGACAGCACGGCUGAGAAGGGCAAUCCAGGCCACCUCGACCCCAAGGAGAAGGAGAAAGCCCGAAGGGAGGCCCUGGAGAAGCUGGGACUGUCCCAGGACAGGCGGGAGCCCAGCGCCCACCUCCAUCCCCACCCCAGGGAGACACCACUGCCCAUCCCUGGGCAUCCUGGCGAGGGCUCCGUGCCGGGGAUCCGCCAGAUCCCCUUCAAAUCCAACACCCUGGAGCGCUCUGGGGUGGGGCUGGGCAGCUCCAUGGGCGGCCCCAAGGAGCAGAACGGGCGCGGCAGCAGCAGCUCCCUGGGCAAGAUGUCGUUCAUCGAGCGCCUGGCGCCCAGCUUCCUCCGCAGCCGGCCCCGGCCCGCCUCCCUCGGGGCUGGGAAGGACUUUGGGGGCCCCAAGGAGCAGGAGGAGAAGGACAAGAGCAGCAAGAGGAGAUCCCACCCUCUGCCCGGCUUCCCCAGGCCGCCGCGCUCCGCUGUCAGCGUGAAGAUCUCGCCCAAAGGCGCGGCCGACGAGAACCGGCGCGAGGCGCUCAAGAAGUUGGGGCUGCUCAAGGAGUAGCUGGUGGGGCUGGUGGAAAUGGGGGUUUUCACCCCAAAUCCAGUGGCCUGCACAGCAUCCGCUGCCAGAGGUGCUGGGAGCUUCAUAAAGGAAGGCGGCGUGUACAGAAUAUUUUGUAUAUAGCAGGUGUACAUGGGAUAUUUAUACAAAGCAGCUCUCAGCGUGGAUGGGGUGUGUUCUCCUGCAAGGGCUGUAGUGCUUUUGGGGACCCAUCAAAACAGGGAAGCCGUGGAAUUCGGGGUUUGGCUUGUUUUCAAAAGGGUUGCCUGUGGAUAAAGCGUCUCUGGGAAGAACUGCUGGACUUUGCUGCUCUUUUCGGACUUUUUUGGGUUAUUUUUUUAAUUUUAUCACAGCCUCUGAGAGCUGAGCACUCACCUGCCAUGUGAAAGUGCCUUGCAAAACCAUCACUGCCUGCUGGGUGGGCUGGAGGGCUGCCCAGACUGCAAAGUGCCUUGCAAAACCAUCCCUGCCUCCCUGGCACGCUCUGCUCUCCCACCCAGCCCUGACCACCUGCAUCCAGCACCUGGAAGAGGCUUGAACUGCAGGAAAACACAGCUGAGGAGGCCAGAAGCUGUGCUGGUGUCAGACCCAGAAGUGCUGCCCAAAAUGGGGCAGAUGCAAGGCUGGGACAGCUCCAGCUCCUCCCUUCUGAGCUGUCCUGGCCCCUCUGAUGCUGCCAACACUUUGCUGCUCACCCUGGGGAACAGAGGUGGCUGAUGUCCCUAAAUAAACCUGUGUGUGAUCACCAAG